CGUCGCGGUAGUGAUUGCGAUUAAUUUACCAACCGUAAUAGUAGCGUAAAGAAGCCGCGCGAAACAACGCAACACAGUUACGACAUACAAUUCGUUCAUAUCCCAAUGUAGUUGUUGUGUUUUUAAAUUCAUUUCGUUCUAGAGAUUAUGCAUGCAAUCAUGUAAAUAAACGAUUAUCGAUAGCGUUCAGUUGACAAGCAUCGUAUUCAAAGAGGGAAACGUAGAGAGAAGAAAGGGUAAUAAAGGUAAUAACCUUGAUUCCAGAUUUUCAAUACGUGAUUAAGAAGACUUAAAUUAAUUCGGCUUAAAUUAAUUGGACACAAACGAAACAAAAUGUCUGAAAAUAUCGAGGAAAUUAUCGAAGAAGAAAAUUCUGUUACAAUGUUAGAUGUACUUCGAGAAGAGAAUCAGUUAGAAGAGGACGCGUAUGCGGUUCUUGGUGCAUCUGAUGACAAAAAUUGCACUUACAGCAAGGGUUAUACACGGCAAGCUCUUUACGCAUGUAAAACCUGUUGUCAGAAAUCAGUACGUGCAGCAGUUUGCCUUGCUUGCAGUUUUCAUUGUCACGAAGGUCAUGAACUUAUCGAAUUAUAUACUAAAAGACAUUUUAGAUGUGACUGUGGUAAUUCAAAGUUUGGAGGAAAAAAAUGUAACCUGGAUCCUUCAAAGGAUUCACUAAAUUCUGAAAACCAAUAUAAUCACAACUUUGAUGGCCUUUAUUGCAUUUGUCAGAGACCAUAUCCAGAUCCAGAUGAUACUGUUAAUGACGAAAUGUUACAAUGUAUAAUCUGCGAAGACUGGUAUCAUUCGAAGCAUUUAGAAUGUGAAAAGGAAAUGCCAGCGGAUGGUGCAUAUGAUGAAAUGAUUUGUGCUGGCUGUAUGAAAAAGAAUGACUUCCUGUGGAAUUAUGCCAACAAAUACACAGCUUUGACAACAACAGAAGUCUCUUUCGGUGAUAAAGAAGAGGAAUUGAUUAACGUUGAAAGUGAAUCAAAAAUUUGUAGAAUGCCAAGAAACAAUUCUGCAAAACGAAUAGUAUUACGGGGAAGUUGUUUUUGGACAGAAGGAUGGAGAGCUGCUCUAUGUACUUGUGAAACAUGCAAAGAGCUCUACCGAGAGAAACAUAUCGCGUUCCUCCUUGAUCCAACAGACAGUGUACACGCGUACGAGGAAGCUGGUAAAAUAAAUAGUCGAGAAUCACGAUACGAGAAGGGUAUGAAAGCUCUUGCCUCUUUAGGUCGUGUCGAACAAUUGACUGCUAUCGAAGAAUACAAUAAUAUGAAGGAACGAUUAAAACAAUAUUUGCAAAAAUUUGCUGAAAACAAGAAAGUCGUGCGAGAAGAAGAUAUAAAGGAAUUUUUCUCGGAAAUGGAAUCGAAGAAGCGACCAAAAGUAGUGAUACCUACGUAUUGUCGUUGAAAUCCAUUACUCGAAUACUAUAAAAAUUUGUCGUUUCUAACAAAACAAAAACAAAAAAUCAAUGUAUUUAUAUAUUACUGCAAGCAAUGUUUUACUUUUAUAUAUUUCGUUCAUUUACAAAGCUUAGUCGCGUGAUAUUAAACUAUCUCGCAUCUGGUACAAUUUUCAAGUUGUAAAUGUAGCAGUGUUCUAAUAAAUUAUAACUGUUUUUUCGAUAUUAAAAAAGAAAGGGAAAGUGAAGGAGAAGAGAAUGAAAAGGACGAAAGGAAAUAAUGAAAAGUAAGAAGAGUAUCUUGUUAUUUUUGGAAAAUAUCAACUUUUUUUUAACGCUAUUUAACGAAAUGUUUUCCUAUGUAUAUAACGCAGCGUUUACAUCAGCAAGUAAAAAGAAACAGUUUGUGAAGCUCCAAUAUCUGUAUGAAGUGCGAGCUGCGUCGGCAAACACCAAACAUGGUGCAAAGUACAAACGCAAUACGGUUAUUAUUGAAAUUGGAUAGUGGAAUAAAAAUAUUAUAAUUGGUUGAAAGAAACUGUUUAUGUGGUGGAUUAGAAUAAUAAACAUAAAUAAAUGCGAUGUAAAAUGAAAAGAAAGAAAGGACUGAAUGGA